AUGACCGGUUUCGAGAAGUCCGUCAAAGGGGCCACCAAGCUCAAGCUUGCGGCUCCCAAAUCUAAAUAUGUCGAAACUAUCUUGGUGGCGACCCAUACUGGCGAGGCGGGUGUCGCGGAAGUUUUCCGAACACUUCAGCACCGACUUCGCGACUCAGCGUGGACAAUUGUGUUCAAAGCGCUGAUUAUCGUUCAUCUCCUCAUUCGCGAGGGCCAACAGGAUGCCGCACUCAGCUACCUUGCCGAUAACCCGAAGAAGAUUGCGCCCAGUAAUUUCUCUGAAGCGCAAUCACAGGGGCGUAAUAUCCGUCGGUACGCCGAGUAUCUUAUUACACGCGCAAAGGCGUUCGAAGCCACGAAGACAGACUACGUGCGAAGCGGCCCAGGGCGCCUGAAGCGAUUAAGUGUGGACAAGGGUCUUUUGCGGGAGACGGAAUUUGUACAGAAGCAGAUCCGGGCAUUGCUGCGGUGUGAUCUGUUGACCGAUGAGCCCGAGAACGAGAUCAGCUUGACUGCUUUCCGCCUUCUGACCCUCGACCUCCUGGUUCUAUACUCUGUUAUGAAUGAAGGAACAAUCAAUGUCUUGGAACAUUACUUUGAGAUGUCAAGGCCGGAUAGUGAACGUGCUUUGGCCAUUUACAAAACAUUUACCAAACAGACAGAAGAGGUAGUCGGAUUUCUUGGAGUCGCAAGGCACUUCCAGUCCGCCACUCGUUUGGAAAUCCCCAAACUCAAACAUGCGUCUACGGACUUAGCGCGCCUCCUUGAAGAUGAUUUAAAUGACCCGGACUUCGAUCUCCGCCGGAGAGAAUAUUUGAGCGGGAAAGGAAUCAAGCAAGAGGGUCGUGCUCCGCCUGCAGCAUCGGCUUUAUCCAGUCAAGCAAUUGCGCCCCAGCAACAGCAACAGCAACAGCAAUCUGCACCGCAACCCGCACAGCAAAAGCCGCCACCAUCGGAUCUGAUUGAUUUCUUUGACUCGAUUGAACAGAACCAGCAGCCUAUGGCUCAACAAGCACCGGCGCAGUACCAGCAGACUGGAUUUCAACCCCAACAGCCCGGAUUCCAGCAGCCUCAACAGGCGUUCUAUCCGCAACAGACAGGUUUCCCACAGCAGCAACAACAGCCGCAGAUGACAGGGUAUGGCGCACAAAUCUACGGUGUUCAGCAACAAAACACCGGCAAUCCGUUUGGACAACCGGCGCAGCCGCUUCAAUCCACGCCGACUGGUGCUGGAUUUGGGGGCUACACGCCGCAACCACCGCAAGCACAAGCAUAUGGAUUCCAGUCGCAACUGGCCCCGAUUCCGCAGAAUGCAAUCCCCUCAUAUCCCCAGCAACAACCCAUGCAGAAUCAGCAGGCACUGCAGCCACCAUCCACACCCACCAACCCUUUCCGCCAGUCAAUGUUGAUGAACCAGAAUACCGGCGGUGCCCCUGCCCCUGCCACCCCGCUGCAACGGCAGAACACCAAUCCCUUUGCCAAGCGAAUCGCCGUGGCCGCACCCCAGUCAAACUUUGGUGCUGAACCCGUUCCCCAAAUGCCCCAAGUGUCGUCAAUCCCUCAACAGUCACCUCAAUCGCUUCAGCCCCAGCGGACUGGGACCAACCCCUUCGCUCGACCCGCGGUCCCGACUCAAACCACUGGGUUGCAACCCCUCCAGCCGACUCCUACGGGCAGUACAAAUCCUUUCCGUCAAAGCCAAUUCAUCCAUCAACAGACCGGACAAGGGUGGCAAGCGAGCGGACAAAAUGGUACGAUGGGUGGGUUAGAACAGUUGGAGACCGUGCCCAUCUUCCCGCGACCGGGUAUGACCUAG